UCAUGUUCUAAUGAUAGUUUAUUUUUCUAGGGUGCAAAAAAGAGUGCUAUUGGUCAGCGCAUUGUGGCAACUCUACCAUAUAUCAAGCAAGAAGUUCCCAUCAUUAUUGUGUUCAGAGCAUUAGGUUUUGUGUCUGACAGAGAUAUUUUAGAACAUAUUAUUUAUGAUUUUGAAGAUCCAGAGAUGAUGGAAAUGGUUAAACCUUCUCUCGAUGAAGCUUUUGUCAUCCAAGAACAGAAUGUUGCACUAAAUUUCAUUGGUUCGAGAGGGGCAAAGCCUGGUGUUACUAAAGAGAAAAGAAUUAAAUAUGCAAAGGAAGUUUUACAAAAAGAAAUGCUCCCUCAUGUUGGUGUCAGUGAUUUUUGUGAGACCAAAAAAGCCUAUUUCUUGGGAUAUAUGGUGCAUAGGUUACUUCUGGCAGCUUUGGGUAGAAGAGAACUAGAUGACAGAGAUCACUAUGGAAACAAGAGAUUGGAUCUUGCUGGGCCGCUGCUGGCAUUCUUAUUUAGAGGUAUGUUUAAGAAUUUGCUUAAAGAAGUGCGGAUCUAUGCACAGAAAUUCAUUGAUCGAGGAAAGGAUUUUAACUUGGAGUUGGCAAUUAAAACACGGAUCAUAUCUGAUGGCCUAAAAUACUCUUUAGCUACUGGAAACUGGGGUGAUCAAAAGAAAGCUCAUCAAGCCAGAGCUGGAGUAUCUCAGGUAUUAAACCGCCUGACUUUUGCGUCUACUCUUUCUCACCUGCGUCGUUUAAAUUCUCCUAUUGGUAGAGAUGGCAAGCUAGCAAAACCAAGACAGUUGCAUAAUACGUUGUGGGGGAUGGUGUGUCCUGCCGAGACCCCAGAGGGCCAUGCUGUAGGACUUGUGAAGAAUUUAGCGUUGAUGGCAUAUAUUUCAGUUGGAUCUCAGCCAUCUCCAAUUCUGGAAUUUUUAGAAGAAUGGAGUAUGGAAAACUUAGAAGAAAUUUCUCCUGCAGCUAUUGCUGAUGCAACCAAGAUUUUUGUUAAUGGCUGCUGGGUUGGAAUACAUAAAGAUCCUGAACAACUUAUGAACACCCUAAGGAAAUUGCGACGUCAGAUGGACAUCAUUGUGUCUGAAGUUUCUAUGAUCAGAGAUAUUCGAGAGAGGGAGAUUCGGAUCUAUACAGAUGCAGGCCGUAUUUGUAGACCACUUCUGAUUGUGGAAAAACAAAAGCUACUUUUGAAGAAGAGGCAUAUUGACCAAUUGAAAGAGAGAGAAUAUAACAACUACAGUUGGCAGGAUCUUGUGGCCAGUGGGGUAGUGGAAUAUAUUGAUACACUGGAAGAAGAAACAGUGAUGCUUGCAAUGACUCCAGAUGAUUUACAGGAGAAAGAAGUAGCUUAUUGUUCCACAUAUACACACUGUGAGAUUCAUCCCUCAAUGAUCCUUGGUGUCUGUGCAUCUAUUAUUCCCUUUCCUGAUCAUAACCAGUCCCCUAGAAACACAUACCAGUCUGCUAUGGGUAAGCAGGCUAUGGGAGUUUACAUCACCAACUUCCAUGUUCGCAUGGACACAUUGGCCCAUGUUCUCUACUAUCCUCAAAAACCACUUGUGACUACACGGUCUAUGGAGUAUCUACGAUUUAGAGAGCUGCCAGCAGGCAUCAACUCAAUUGUGGCCAUUGCAUCAUACACUGGAUAUAAUCAGGAAGACUCUGUUAUCAUGAAUCGUUCAGCUGUAGACCGUGGCUUCUUCAGGUCUGUUUUCUAUCGCUCAUACAAAGAACAGGAGUCUAAAAAAGGAUUUGAUCAAGAAGAAGUUUUUGAGAAGCCUACACGUGAAACAUGCCAGGGCAUGAGGCAUGCCAUUUAUGACAAACUGGAUGAUGAUGGUUUGAUAGCUCCAGGGGUUCGUGUAUCAGGAGAUGAUGUUAUUAUAGGCAAAACAGUCACCUUGCCUGAAAAUGAAGAUGAAUUGGAGAGCACUAAUAGACGCUAUACCAAGAGAGACUGUAGCACUUUUCUCAGAACUAGCGAGACGGGUAUUGUGGAUCAGGUUAUGGUAACUCUCAACCAGGAAGGAUAUAAAUUUUGUAAAAUAAGGGUACGCUCUGUUAGGAUUCCACAGAUUGGAGACAAAUUUGCUAGUCGACAUGGUCAAAAGGGUACUUGUGGUAUUCAGUAUAGACAAGAGGAUAUGCCUUUCACCUGUGAAGGUAUCACCCCUGAUAUCAUCAUCAAUCCCCAUGCCAUCCCCUCUCGUAUGACUAUUGGUCACUUAAUUGAAUGCCUUCAAGGGAAGGUAUCGGCUAACAAGGGUGAAAUUGGUGAUGCCACUCCAUUUAAUGAUGCUGUUAACGUGCAGAAGAUUUCUAAUCUUUUAUCUGAUUAUGGCUAUCAUCUCAGAGGAAAUGAGGUCCUAUACAAUGGGUUCACUGGUCGAAAAAUCACAUCACAAAUAUUUAUUGGCCCCACUUAUUACCAGCGAUUGAAGCAUAUGGUGGAUGAUAAGAUUCACUCUCGUGCUAGGGGACCUAUUCAGAUCCUCAAUAGACAGCCCAUGGAGGGUAGAUCUCGUGACGGUGGCCUGCGUUUUGGAGAAAUGGAACGAGAUUGUCAGAUUGCCCACGGAGCAGCCCAGUUUUUAAGGGAAAGAUUGUUUGAAGCAUCAGAUCCAUAUCAGGUUCAUGUUUGCAAUCUUUGUGGAAUAAUGGCGAUUGCCAACACCAGGACCCAUACGUAUGAAUGCAGGGGCUGCCGCAAUAAAACCCAGAUUUCUUUGGUGCGAAUGCCUUAUGCAUGCAAACUAUUGUUUCAGGAACUUAUGUCUAUGAGUAUUGCACCGCGAAUGAUGAGUGUUUAGCUAUUUUACAAGACUCAACAAGAUAAAAAUAUCUUGGUGUCUUGUUUCUAUUGUGUGGCUUUUAAAAAAUGACAAAUAAUGUACUGUGUUGUGAUAAAAAAAAGUAGUUUAAUUUGUUUAAUGAUAUGCAUGCUUUUCUUCUGUAAAUAUAUAAUAAAGUUUUGUAGAUAGUCUUGA